AUGAAGCCUUCAUCAACCCCCACAACAGGCGAAACCCUGCCUAGCAUUCUUACCCGACCUGAUAGUGCUGAGUCUGGCUAUCAAGAUUCUUGUGGGCCCAAUAUUUACGCCUUUCAGGAAGCGGAAGAUGCUUCUGGAUCUCGUUCUCGGGGUUAUCAGAAGCCUAAACAAAUGUGGAUAGCGAAGGAUCAAGCCUUAACAGAACAAUCCAAAAACGGUAGUUCUGAAGAAAGCAACCUUUCGGGGUCUGCAGCAACUCUUAGUUCUCAAAUGAUUCAGUUCACUUCUCUCCCAGAUUUCAACCCCCAUUGCUUUACUCAAUCAACUUUAUCACAUCCAGUUUCUCACUCACAGUCAGUUGCUGCUUCGCCACCCAGAGCUGGUUACCUUGGAUGUUCUCCUUCUACUACUGGCAGUGCUCCAUGCACUGCUGCUGCUCUAUCCUCAUCACUUACAAAUACAAGCAGUAGCCUUAGUAGUCAUACACCUCCUCCUUGUGUCCAUGGGAUGAGCAACACUGGUAGUGUUUCAUCCUGUGGUAGUCCCAGUCCUGGUGAUCCUCACUACUCCAAAAUUGGCAUUUCAACUGACUAUCUCGGCGGAGCUGUAUCUGAUUCUAACAUAAAAUUGGAACCUAGUGCCUUUAAAGAAAACACUAAGCCUAUGCACCGAAAAAAUUUAGCAGGCUGUCGACGCCAACGUAAUUUCAAUGAAUACGUUCAUGAGAAAGAUACAAGACGUCGCAAGUCGGCGCGUUCAAGCACAAAACUGAAGGAAAAUCUUGUCUCUGUAGAAAAGCUAGUUUCCCCAGCACCCAUUACCUUGACGCUUAAUCUCUCUGCACUCACUUCUUCUACUUCUUGUAAGCCUCGGAGAGCUCCAACGAAAGUUCGUUACUCUACCACAGUUCCUUCUUGCGUUUCGUCACUUUUGAGCCCAGACAGUUCCCUCCAUACAUCAUGCGCGGUUGGUAGUGGUCUUAAGAUAAGACUUCGUCGAGACCCGACCUUGCCCUCUAAAGCCUCUAAGGUGUCGUCUCGUUCCAGAUCUAAAAGUGAUAUUUCUGGAACUUUUAGAAUUGUGGAGUCUUGGUGUGAUGCGGAUGCUCCUGGCGGGGAAGUUUCCCGUCGUACUAGAAUCUCAACGGCCAACGCAAGCUCUCCCGCUUCGUCCAUUGCGGCAUCUACAAAUGGCACAAGUUCUACUGGUUGUUGUGGGGCAGGUGGUAACGGCUUUCAUGUUGGUGAUAUUGUUUGGGCAAAGCUUGCGGGAUACCCCUACUGGCCUUCAAGAAUCAAUGCCUUGUGGGCCAGAAAUCUACACCAACUCUGUAACGUUCCAGUGGAACAACAACUAUCAGAAGGUAGUUCAAAUUCCACCAGCCUCGCCGUAGCUUCCACUCCUAAUGAUCCUAGUUUGGCAGCCGGUUUCACAGCACGUGUCGACUGGUUGGCUUGGGAUCAAUGUUCAUACUUAAGUUGUUCAAAACUUUACCCUUUUGUUGAGUCUUUCGAUCGUCUAUAUAAUCCUCGCACUCGAGUGAAGGGAUACACGGAUGCUGUACGCUUAGCUAAACGUCUUAUACUCGAUAAAACGAACUCUAUUAAUUUAAGUUGCAUUAGUGGAGAUGUGAGUCACACACCCCAUGUUGCAUCGGAAAUUAACUCACUCGGUGAUGACUUGACUUCAACAGCAGCACCAUCAGCAGAACAUAUCUCACCAGGAGAGCCUCCAAUCGACCCACAGCCCUCUGCAGCUUCUAUUACAGCAGUCCCGCUUCGACUUGACGCGACUCAUGUCUCCAAUAUUGGCAUUCUGUCACCGUUAUCUUCCGCUUCAAGGUCCCUUCAUCUUACCUCACAUUCUACCUCAGUAGAAAACGUUGUUUUAAGGUCAGAAAGUGAUCUUCCUGAAGUUGACUGCUCCAGCUUGUCAGUUGAGCCUAUUGCAUUCGGGUCAUCUGGAUGGGCUCCACUUCCUCAACUAGACAUUUCAGGAUUUGGCGACUUUCAUGCGUCACAUAUCCCUACCUUCUCAGAGGACGAGGAUGAUGCUGUAGAGAAUCUAGCAAACAAGUUACGUAUUCCCCUCAGCCCAAGCAUGUAA